AUGGCAAUGGCAUUCUUCAAAUACGAAUAUUUCAAACUCAACUCUACAAAUUUUCCUUACGCGCAUCUAGCGGACAAGCGCACCCAACAUUGGCUGCUGGUCGAGUCUUUCGGCGAUGUAGUGGCGCUUGUGACAUUGUAUCUGUUGCUGGUGCGCUAUCUGCCAAAAUGGAUGCAAAGACGUAAACCCUUUCAAAUGAAACCUUUGAUGUUGCUCUAUAAUUUUUUGAUGGCUUUACUGAAUGCGCACAUCUGCAAGGAGCUUCUAUUCAAUGGCAUACGCUCGAAGUAUAAUUUCUGGUGUCAGCCAAGUCGUGAGCUGUACACGAAAGAAGAAUUGAGGAUUGCUGCUGCUGUUUGGUGGUUUUACUUCUCUAAAUUGCUGGAAUUUGCCGAUACGAUUUUCUUCAUUUUACGUAAAAAGCGGGAGCAGUUAACCUUUCUACACGUCUAUCAUCAUGGCACUAUGUUUCCAUUGUGGUGGAUCGCUAUAAAGUGGGUGCCCACCGGAUCGACAAUUAUACCAUCCGUAACGAAUUCAUUCAUACAUGUCAUUAUGUACAGCUACUAUGGACUAAGCGCUUUGGGGCCUAGCGUUCAAAAAUUUCUCUGGUGGAAGAAAUACCUUACUGCAUUGCAAUUGAUAUAA